GAUAUUGUUAUAAACAUUGGACAAUUAUCCUCCCCCAUCAUCAAACACGUUCUUAAUGUCUUUUUAAAAAAAUCCGAUACCGAAUGGCGCAGUCCACCUUACAGAAUUCAUAGUUUACCCACCUCUUAUUUUACCACUACAGCCCUGGGGAAACAUGGUUUAUGUUCUUCACGAAACCGGUGGCAUUACCCAGCGGCGGUCACAUAUCAUGCCAAUACCUUAUUGAUCUCCGAAUGAAAUGCACAUGCAUCGCCAGGUAGGCUACUGCGCAGGUCCUGCCUAUACCUGCGGAUUCAACACAACAUAAGAAUAGUUAUGUUUACCAGACGCCCUGAAGGGACGAAGCCUAUUUCGCUUUAAGAACAACGAAGUUGAAAGUGUAGAUCUCAUAGCAUCGUUUGAUCAUUUUUGUAUUUGAUGAUCAUUUACACACAUUAGGCCUAGUGACUUCAAGUAAGUGUUUGUUAGUUUAUCCAUUUUGACAAAUCGUAGGCCUAUAUAGCCUACGUGAGUGCACCUGUUCGCUUACAUAGCCUACAAACAGGAAACCAAUCUGAUUUAUUGUUGCUUUGCGUUGUGUGAUAGAAGCUGAUAAAGCUAUGGAGCUGGAUAAUUUGAAAAGAGAGUUAAAAGAAAAGGAUAAAGUUAUACACGACAAAGACGUGGCGUUGCAAGUCAUAGCACAUGAACUUUCCGAAACUAAGAAGGCACUCCUGGCAAAAACGCGUGAGGUGCAGGAGCUCGAAAUGCUUAUCAGUAACAGCAAGAAGGAAGACCCGAGACAGUCAUCUGCUGACCCGGAUUCUAUUUCUAACCAUCCUGCCAGAAAAACACGCAGUAUGGGGAUACCACCUUGGAUGGGGGGAGAAAGCCCCAGUGAGGCCAGUUCGGCAUCUCCUGUUGUGCCUGAGCUGAGGCUGGUGCUGCUGGGGAAGAGAGCAGAGGCCAAACGGGCCGUAGCGGAGGCCAUACUGGGCAGAGACAUGGUUGUCAUGCCGGUCAGCACCCCCACGCAGGCCCAGUGCAGUGUGAGCAGACAGGGAGAGGUUGUGGGGAGGAAGGUGACGGUGGUGGACACUCCUGACUGGUUCAGCCCUGCAUUUUCUGAGAAGCUGAGACAGGAUGUGCGACUGUGCAUGAAGCUGUCCAACCCUGGGCCCCAUGUUUUCCUCCUCGUCAUUGCUGUGGACACGCUUGAAGGAGAGGAGAGAAAUAUCCCAGAUAAAAUGGAGGACAUUUUUGGCGAGACUUGCUGGGAACAUACAGUGAUCCUCUUUACAAGUACAGACAGAAUGAGAGAAACAAGCGUGGAGGAGCUGAUCCAGAGAGGGAACCUGGAGCUCCUGGUUGAGAGAUCUGAGAACAAGUAUCACCUCCUUGACUCCAAAGCAUGUGGGGCAAUUGAAUCUCUACUGAGGAAGAUCGAAGCAGUGGUGACUCGGAACCCUGAUGGGUUUUAUAGCAGUCAAAUGUACCUUGAGGCUGAGGAACUGUUUAGAGAGCUACAAGAGAAGAAAGAGGAGAGGGAAGAGAGGAGAAAAAUAGUAGAAAACGAGAAGGCACAACAGCUCGAUAAAACUUUGCAGGACUCUUUAAGGAAGGUAGAGGAAGAAAUCAGAGGACAUGAAGGUGAAAUUCGAGCUCUCCGUGAAAGUAUGUCAGCUCUGGAGAGAAAGAUAGAAGAAGAACAGGAUGAGAGGAAGAUUAGAGAGCUAGAAGGAGAACUGAAGAGGGAGGCUGAUCAGAGGGAACAACUGGAGAAAAAAAUGAGUGAGCUGAAAGAGAACAGUGAAAAAGAAAGAAAGGAAAUGGAAGCAAAAUACAAAAUGGAGAUCGAGGAGCUCAGAGAGACACACAAAAGGGAGGUCAAGGCUGAAAAAGAGAAACAGCUAAUGAAGAUAACCCUUCAUGGAUUUCGCAAGUGGACUAGCUUGAGAAAACCCAUAAUGGAAAAACACUUGAUUUCUGACCGGCAGCAAUUACCCAUGAAGAAAGAUGUCAUAGAAGGAGAGAGUGAAAGGCUCCAAAAACAGAUUGAAAAAAUGUGUAUGGAUAUAACCAAUCUAAGUCAGGCUCUCAUGAAGGUUCGCAAUUCAGCAGAGAUACAUGUCAAGACAGAGGAAUAGAAGCAGUAAUAAAGUGCUUGUCCUGCCUUAAUGGCUCUUGCCAGCUGCUCUUUCUAUCUUACAGCUGCAGAAUUACUUAUUACUUAUUUGACUGUUGGUUAAUCACAUAUGAAACUCCAGCCAUGCAGCAUGCAUUUUGGUGUGUGUGUGUGUGUGUGUGUGUGUGUGUGUGUGUGCUUGCCCACAGUCGCAUGUCUGACCUUUUCAUUAUUAGAACAUUUUAAUUCUUACUGUUUCACCAUAUUCUAGCAUUGGAAUUUCUAUUUGAUAGACUUUAAAAUUAGCCUGGGAAUACCGAUAUGAACUUUUGGCAAAUUUGGGAUUUGCUCUGCCCAUUUCCAAUGUCCCUAAAACAAGGGGCAUGCAAAUACAAUCGCUAAUCUGGCAUAGACUGUAUAUUAGACAUAGAAAAUGUAUUUCUUUGGAAUUGAGUAAAGAACUGCAUUUAAAACCUUCAUUUACAAGAUUGCUACACCUCUGAAACGAUUUGGUAAGAGUUUAAUGUAAGUGUAAUUUCACUGCUAGUUACACCCAAGCUGGAAAUUGUAAGUCAAUGAACCUUUUCCAGACCCACUCUCAGUUGAAGAGGGUCUGGUGUCAAUGAGCCUAAAUAAUAUGGUUUUAUGGAAUACUUUACUUUUGCAUUGAUCACUUGUAUUUUUAAAGAACUGUAUUUACUUUCUUCUAAAAGGUGUCAGCCAGAAAUGUCAUUAAAGCUGCAGUUGGCAAGUCUGACAGAUUAAGGGGACUUGGCCAACAUUUUGAAUGUUUACAACUCUCAUGCCCCUCCCCCACUACCACCGAGCACCCUCUCAUCGAGUUUGUGCUCGUCAGUGCGCACCAGACUGCACCAGACUGUGAUUGACAGUCAGAUCUCACACAGCCCUGCUUUGUUUGGACCAGAAGAGCCGGGAGCUAUGGAUUUUUGCAAAACAAAUAACAGGCUCUAGGGGUAGGUGCAGGUUUUUUUCUAAAACCGGCUGAUUUAUGUUGUUCUGUCGGAGCAUAGUGUCGGUUUCAGUGAUCAAAAACAUUUUGCCAACUGCAGCUUUAAUACCAAUAGUUGCACUCAUGGUGCAUUGCAACUUAACCUGUGUUUUAAGUUAUAAGUGUAAUAUUUAAAGACCCC